AAAGAAAAAAAAAAACUUGCUAAUAAUGGCUUGCAAGUUUAAUGCCACGUAGUAUUUUAAUCGACCAAUUGUCAUAAUCCAUUCAAAUAAAAUAAUAAUAUGGAUAUUGGUAUAUAACUCAUGUUUUGCAUGUAAGACUUGGCAAAGACGAGCAAGAUAUCCGGAGACGCGGAAAAUAGAGAGAAUAAUCAGAAAGCAUAUUAAAAGAAAACAAAAGUUAUUGGGUUUAGUCUACAAUGGUGACUCUAAAGCUUGAGAUUUGCAUCGAGUUUGUGAAACUAACCGUUGAUCUCGUCGCCGCCAUGGCAGAAUCAAUCGAAGUAGCUUUCCGUCACCGUCCUCCGCCGCAGGUUCCAUAUUCAGCGGGGGUGAACGGUCGGCGGGGUCAUUACUCCACCGUUCCCAUUCCUCUCGUAGGCUUUCUGUAAUUAAUGUAUUCUCCUCUUAUGUUUUAUCUUUCUCUUUGUUCCUCUUGUUCUAUCAUUAGUGUCUUUGCCUUGAUCUACGAAGUGACAGAAGUUGUGAUUCGUAUGGAAGAUCAAGAACGUAAAGAUUAUGACGAGUUUGCAUACUCCGUGAAUAAUAUAAAAUCUUAGACAUUCUCUAUCGUAUGUUGUAUAUUAUUAUUUUGUUUUUGUGUAUAUAAUUUGUUCAUUCAUAAUAUCUAUAAAGAAAAAUUGCUGUUAUAUUAUUA